UUUUUAGAUAAGUUUUUAUCUAUAAUUUUUCCGGGUUUUGUACUAAUUGUAAUCUAGAUUACAUUCAUUAAAUUUUCUUGAAUAAAAAUCCAAUCUUUUUUCUAUAUAUAAUAUAAUUUUUUGGAUUGGUUUUUGAUUGAAUAAUAAUUGAGGUUUUGAGCUCAAUGGCUGCUGGUCCUGAAGUUACUAGUGAAUCAAAAGUUGAUGUUAAUGUUGAUGUUAGUGAAGAAUCUUUAUCACCAAAAAAAACAGUGGUUUUUGAGAGUGAUAAUAUCAAUGUUAAUACUGGAACUGAUAAUUCAAAUGAUGAUGAUGAUAUUGUGAAUUCUGAUGAUAAUAAAUCAUCAUCAGAUAUGAAAUUGCAAAAAGAAAUAGUUGAUAUGUUUUCAAAUUUGAAGUUGAAUCCAAUGGCCAAAGAAUUCUUUCCAUCUUCAUAUCAAAAGGGUAGUGGUGAUCAAACUGAGAUUGGCCUUAAUUACUUUGCUCCUGCAUUUUAUGUCAAUUCUCAUGGAGAUGCAAUUGAUGGCUACCCGAAUAAUCGUAGAAGGAGAAACAACUAUAGCCAGGGCAGAAGACGGUUGAAUGGGAGAGCUUUCAAAGCUCAAAGAGAAGAUAGCAUCAAGAGAACCGUAUAUGUUUCUGACAUUGAUCAUAAUGUAACUGAAGAGCGACUGGCUGCUCUCUUUAGUGCAUAUGGACAAGUUCUGGACUGUCGAAUUUGUGGUGAUCCACAUUCACGUCUACGUUUUGCAUUUGUUGAGUUUGCUGAUGAGAAUUCUGCUAGAGCAGCUCUUAACCUUUGUGGGAUAAUGUUGGGCUUUUCUCAAGUUAAGGUCUUGCCUUCAAAAACCGCAAUCCUUCCUGUGAAUCCAACCUUCCUUCCCAGGUCGGAGGAUGAGAAAGAGAUGUGCGCACGGACUGUCUAUUGUACAAAUAUUGACAAAAAGGUUUCUCAAGCUGAAGUCAAAGUUUUCUUUGAAUCAAGAUGUGGCGAGGUUUCCCGCAUCAGGCUUUUGGGAGAUCAUGUUCAUUCAACACGCAUUGCUUUUGUUGAGUUUGUGAUGGCUGAAAGUGCAAUUAUAGCAUUGGAUUGCUGUGGCCAGACAUUGGGAAGCCAACCAAUCAGGGUGAGUCCUUCCAAGACGCCAGUUAGGCCUAGAGUGGUCCGUACUCUUCCAACCAACUAACCGUCCUAAUCAGACAUCCAUAUGCACCCAUUAAUCACUGGAGGCUUUGUUCCCGUGAAGUGGUGAUGAAACUUUAUGUCUCGUUUUUUUGUUCCCUUCGCUAUAUAGAUGUUAUGAGCCAAACAUUGCAGCUUCAUUUUUGAAGCUUUAGAGUGGGAAGACAAUCCCUUAAUUGAGAACAUGUUUUAUCUUUCUUUUCGGUUUCCUUCCAUCAUGUUUGAUUGCAGAAUGCAAUCUACAGACUAUGAGCACGGCAGUGUUGCUCGUGAAGAUUAUUAUUAUUAUUACGAGUUUAAGUUACUGUCUGUUUUUGUUA